CGACAACAGUGACAAUAUUUCCCAACAAUUCUAAAUACAUUACUGCGUAGAGCUAUAAAUCGCCGAAUAAUCCUUAGGGGCAUGUCCAAGCGAAAGGCCGAGGAGACACAGACCGACAAAAUGGCAACGGCGGAAAAAGUUCCACAGAACGAUUACACUAUUGGUCUAGAGGAUCCUGUAAAGGAUUACCAGAAGCUCAUCGAGACCCGUGUGCAGGUGGACGAAAUCGUGGACGAUGAUGUCACCAAGGAGAAUUUCGAUCGGACGGCUGCAUCGGCGCGUGACGUCAUCUGGCGGCUCUUGUUCGACUCGGAAGCCGCUACCACCACCCAGCCAUCGAAUGUGGAGAAGGCCACCCAGCUGCUGGAGGAAUACCGUGGCGAUGCCUGCUUCUACGACCCAACGCCCUACAACGAAUGGAUUGUCAAGCUGCGGGACGAGGUCCUCAGGAAGGAGCUCCUCGACUUUUGGCGCGAAGUGCUGGUGAAGAAGCAAUUGGGACCCUGCUGGUCACGUGACUGUGAUCUCUUCGAUAGCGACGACACGCCACCCUUGGAGUUCUACGCCCAUGCCGGUUGUACGGCCCCGUUUGCCGCCAGCCUGAAAGUGCGGGCUGAACAGGAUGCACAAAGUGAGGUGCCCGAAGUGCCCACCACGCCGGGCGAACUGAGUGCCGAUGAUACCGCCGCGCUGUCCGGUGAUUUUGAGGCAGUACUUACCAAGGAAAAGCCGCUCGAAGAGUAUCGUUCGCUAAUGAAGCGCUUCGUCCUGACCAAAAUCAUUGUUCCCGACAACGUUCACCAGGCCAGCGUGAAGAAAAUGGCCGCCGCCGCCAGGGAGAUCAUCUGGAAGCUGCUCUUCGACGGCACUCCCUCGCCGGAGGAUCAGGACAAGGCCGCCGAGCUGCUGCAGGAGUACAAGGGUGAUGCGGGCUUCUAUGGGCCAGAUGACUUCAACGAGUGGAUUGUCAAGCUGAGGGACGAGGUUUUGCAGCGGGAGCUGCUCGACUUUUGGCGCGAUAAGAUGGUGAAAAUGGAACUGGGACCCAGUUGUGCACGUGACUCUGACUAUUACGAUAACGAGGAUCCGCUGCCGUUGGAGUUUUACGAGAGGGCUGGCUGCAAGGCUCCCUUCGAAGCCACCACCGAAGAUGAUUAGAUGAUUAUCAUCCUGGAUGCAAGAUGGCAGCUUAUCUGAGAUAUCAGUGGGCGAAGAAAAAUUGUAUACGGAGCCGCACUUGAAA